AUGAUUCCAAUAUGUAUUCAAGCCGCACAUCAAUUGAAAAAUUACUGGAUGAAACGAAUUUCCGAUAAUAAAGAAGAAAGAAUUACAAUUACAGAUUUUAUAUCUAAAAUAACUUUGGACAUUAUAGGUUUAGUUGGAUUUAAUUAUGAAUUUAAUUCUCUUACUUCUGGAUCAGAAUUAGGCAGAGCACAUAAUGCAAUAUCAGAAUAUGAUUUAACACCUAUAUAUAGCGCUCUUACUGAUUGCUUUCCAUUUAUUAGAAAAAUCUUAUUUAGUUUUAAUAUUAAAUAUCUUAAUGGACUUAAAGUUACUAAAAACAUUUCUGAAAAAUUUGUUACUGAUAUAAAAAAUAAUCAUAUCCUAAGUAAUAAUCUAUUUUCAUUAUUGGUAAAAACUAAUGAAAAUUUAUCGGAUGACGAAAAACUAGAUGAUGAUGAAUUGAUAAGUCAGGUUAAAACAAUUCUUCUUAGUCAAGUAAAUGUACAUAUCUUAUUAUCUUGGAUAUUACAAUUUCUCGCAAAAAAUCUUGUUCAUCAAGAUUGUCUUCGUGAAGAAUUGAGUAAUGCAUUCUUUGAUCUUGAUCAUCAUCCCACUGCUGAUGAGAUUGACAAAUUAAAAUAUUUAGAUUGUGUUCUUAAAGAAACGUUAAGACUUGUUCCAUCUGUUCUGUCAUUAGUUCGUAAAACCACAAAAGAUGAAAUAAUGAAUGGAUACUUAGUUCCAAAGGAAACAACAAUAUCAAUUUCACUUAAUGCAAUUCAUUGUGAUCCUUUAAUCUGGAGUGAUAAUGCUGAUGAAUUCGACCCAUCUCGAUGGUUAGAUCCGAAUCUAAAAUCCAAACUCUCUAUUUAUAAUUAUUUACCUUUUGGUGCUGGACUGAGAGGUAUUGCUAAACCAUUGCCUGGAAUUGAUUUAUGGGUUUCAAAAGUAGAUAAAUGA